UGGGGCGGCGGGACCGACACCAUAAGCCGCCCCGGAGGAGAGGUGCGGGGCUGCUGCUCGGUAAAUGGCUUCUGCCCGGAGCAGAGGAGCUGAGCUCCCCCGGAGGAAGGCACUGGCUCUGCGUUAGCCGUAAACAAGAAGUUAUUUUACGAAGAAGGAACACAUGUAAGAAACAAGAUGUCUCAUGCUGGGAGACGAUACCAAGAUAAGCAGUACAGGCACCAUGAGAAUCACAGAUCUGAUCGAUAUGAGGAAGACAGAAGAGCGAGAAAACCAUACCCGUAUAAUGCAAGAUCAACAGAAGACAUCCGAGGUGGCCAGCACUCAAAGGCUUCCACUGUUUACUCAGAGCCUUACUCUAAAACCUCAGAAACCGUACGGGAAUAUUUUGGUCCACUACCAGAACAUUAUCCUCCCAAAGAAACCUUCUCAAUGAAGUGUUCAAAGGUAUGCACAACAAGAGGCAUUUUGAAGUUUGUGGAAAUCACGGUUAACCUGCUGGUGCUUAUUUGUGUGGGAGCUGCCCAAGCCUCUGUUGCAGGCUUCACCUCCCUCGGCGGCAUCGGAUCCUUUAACCUGGAUUCGGCCUAUAGCCCCUUCGAGGGCACGGAGCUGCGGGAGGUGCGGGAGCUGGACAUGCAGUUCACACAGAUGAGAGCCCCUUGCGUGUACGGCGGAGUAGCCUUCAGCUUAACAGCAGCGGUCCUUACCCUUGUCUUCCUCGUCGUGGGGGCAAAACCCAUCCAGCAGCUCAGGGUAGGGCUGCUGGUGGGUGAAUGUGCCUUCAACCUGCUGGCCAGUGUGGCAUACGUCGCGGCGGUCGGCCUCUACCUGCAUUUUGUCAGCCAGGUGAACGCCACGGACAUUUGCAAGAGGCGUGAGAGGCUGUAUGCGCGCCGUGGUUAUACCUCCAUGAACUGCGUGGUUCAGGGUGGCGACGCCGCUGUUGGCCUUUUCGGUGUCGCUGCUGCCUGUUUGUACUUUGCCAGCUUUGUGGUCUGCAUCCGUGCUAUCCGAACCGUCCGGGCCUUCUGGAGCCACGCGUCCAAGGCUCAGCACAGCCCCAAAAGCAGCAUUAGAGACAGAAGUGUCAGAAACCCCCGUGCUGUGCACGGGACCUCUGAAAGCUCUCACAAUGUCCAGGCUCUUGCUACAUUAGUGUGAAGCCAGCGCUGGGACUGCACCAGAGAGCAGGAGCUUCAGCAAGGGAUGGACACUGGGCUUCACAUGCUAAAGAGGCAACCAGUCCACAACGUUACUGUCCCACAAGGUGCUGAAGUGUGUAUUGAAUCACCAAAUGUAACAGUACUCCUAUGUCAUGAUGUAAUAAAAUUGUCGUUGAGGA